GCUGCCUCUUGACGACACGUAACGCAGACAGUGCCAUGACGCUGCCAGACCUUCGCGCGGCGGCCGUCGCGGCGCUCGCGUGCAUCGAAGCUGUCUCGGGCGAACGCAUGGAGCUCCAUAGAACGCUCCACUACGGCCAGAUCAAGCGAGACCUUGCCUCGAACACAAGGCUUCGCCGUCUCAAGAACGGCAACUUUGAGCCUGUCCCGCUCAACCUUGGUCUCGGAACGCACUACACAUGGAUCUAUGCCGGCUCACCUCCGCAGCGUGCGUCCGUGAUCGUGGACACGGGCAGUCAUCUCAUGGCGUUUCCGUGCAAUGGAUGCGACGGAUGCGGCAAACACACGGACGCGCCAUUUGACACGACCAAAUCAUCGACGCUCAAGUACCCUUCGUGUGCGAGUCGACCGGGCGCGUUCUCGUGUAGCGGAUGCACGCAAGACGACCAGUGCCAUAUCUCCCAAUCGUACACAGAAGGGAGUAGUUGGAACGCUGUCGUCGUGGAGGACAUGGUCUGGCUCGGAGACGCCACAGACCAUCCCGAGCGGCACUUCAACGAUUCCUUUGGCACACGGUACAUGUUUGGCUGCCAGAAGCACGAGACAGGUCUGUUCAUCGCGCAGGUCGCCGACGGCAUCAUGGGGGUCGCCAACACAGAAAGCAACUUGAUCCGCAAACUCCACACCGAGCACAAGCUUGCCACGAGUGCGUUCGCGCUAUGCUUUGCCCCGCAGGGCGGCACGAUGGCGAUCGGGACUCUCUCGACGGCCCACCACGAAGGCGACAUCCAGUACGCAGCUGUCACAUCUUCGCGCAACGGCUGGUACGGGGUCACGGUCGUGGGCCUCAAGUUUGGCGGGAAGGACCUCAAGAUCGACCCGUCGUUCAUGGGCGCGGGCCGAAACGUGAUUAUCGACAGCGGCACGACCGACUCGUACUUUCCGUCGGCAUACGCUGGGACGUGGAACGACCUGUUCCUAGCGACAACAGGCAAGCAGUAUCUCGUCGAGGGCGGCGGCUGCGACGAAAACAUGUACCCGGACGAUGUGGUCCAGGCCAUGCCGCCUUUCGAGAUCCACAUGCAAGGUGCUGACCCAGGCCAGUCGGUCGUGCUGUCAAUCCCAGCGACACAGCUCUUCCCUGCCGACUCGGACGGGAAUCGAUGUGGCUCGAUGCACUUUACAGAAACGAGCGGUGGCGGCGUGAUCGGCGCCAACUUUAUGAUGCACCACGAGUUUGUUUUUGAUCCCGACGCAAAACGCGUGGGAUUCUCCAAGGCGGCAUGCGAGUACCGAGGUCUGGACGCGGAAUUGACCGAAUCGACGUCGCCGCCGGACGUGGUCGUUCCUUUGGAGUCGCCCCCCAGCAUCACGCUGCCUACGAACUCGACGCGUGUCGCCGCUGCCCCGACUAUCCCAAAUGCAGCGACACCCCCGACGACCGACCGCACCCUGUCGACAACAACUCUUGAACCGACCACCACGAUAUCGUCGCUUCCAACGUCCCCCGCAUUCCAUGGCAACUCGAUGGCAUCCACGGCGCCAAACACAACGGACACGCCGUCGUCGUUCCGAGCCAAAGGGGACCCGGCCCCAGUGUACAGCGACUUUUCCUUCUUCACGACCGCAGUCUUUAUCGGGUUGGCGCUUGUCGUUGUCGCGAGCGCGUACCAUUUCCGGUACAAGCGGCGGAACGGGCCGACGGCUACGCGCAAAAAAGUCCAAUGGACCCACGUGCCGACGGUCCAGUCCGACCCCGAGGAGCGCGUCCCCCUUGGCGAAGAGCCGCUCAGCAUCCGCGGCGAUGAAGAAGACGAGAGUGACGACGAGUUUUUCGACUCGGAAGGGUACGUCAUGUCCCCGCGAUCGAUCAAGCGGUGCCGCGAAGCGUUCGACAUGGAAGCGUCGUAACGCUAACACGAUGCAUUGGACGGCGGCGACCACCCGUCGUCGUCAUCUUCGUCCAUCCCGCUGAUGAGUGAGUCCAGGAACAAGUCAUUCCC